AUGACUGAACAAUACGAAGCUAGAGUAUCCUCCUGGGACAACAAUAAUAGUAACAAUAUCAAUAACAAUAGUGAUUUUAUAAACGAUCACGAGUUUAUAUUCAACUCAGAUACUGAAGGCGAUUUUGAUGAUUUUAAUGGUGAGGAAAAUUUUCUGGAAUUGUACAAUUUAAGUCCAAGACAAAGAUUCUUUUACAAAAUUAAACACUUUGUUCGCACCAAAUUUUUAAAAAAAAUCCAAAAAUUGAAACCAUGGCAAAAAAUCAUUCUAUCCAUCCUGUCCCUAAUUGGAUUUUGUAUGUUCAUCGUGUUAUUGGUUUUCCAUAACAAAAUUUUAAAAUAUUUAGUGGACACUUCUAAUGAGCUAAGAGAAAACAUUUGGACCCCCUUUAUUUUAUUUGCUUGUUUAUUUUUUGUGGCAUUCCCACCAUUAAUUGGUUAUUCCCUUUUUUCGACUGCUUGUGGAUUAGUAUAUGGAAUUUCUUUCCAGGGCUGGAUUAUUUUAGCUGCAGGUACAAUUUUAGGAUCUGUAUCCAGCUUUAUAGUAUUUACCAAAUUUUUUAGUUCCCAAGCUGAAAAAUUAUUGCAUUCAAAUAAAAAAUUCGAAGCUGUAGCCUCAAUAUUACAAGACCAUGACUCUUAUUGGCUAUUGUCAUUGAUAAGACUAUGUCCAUUCCCAUACUCACUAACCAAUGGUGCUUUGGCUGGUAUAUAUGGUAUUAGUGUCAAAAAUUUUGCAAUUGCUUCCACCAUUACAUCUCCAAAACUGAUUAUCUAUCUAUUUAUUGGGUCAAGAUUAAAAAGAUUGGGUCAAGAUGAAAGUGAGGGCAGCAAGUUAUUCGACUUGUUGAGUAUUUUCUUUGCAAUUUUCAUUCUAACUUUAACUGCGUGGAUAUUAUAUUUUAAAACAAAAAAAAGAUAUUUGGAGCUAGAGAGUACUGCACAAGACCCAUUUGCAGAUGAUCGCAAUAGUAAUACAACUGUUAAUGAUCCUACUAGCUUUGACUUUUAA